AUGUACAGCAUCCCAGCAAUUGUACUGGAUGAGCUCAUCGAGGAGCAGCGACAGCUUGAAACGCCACUUGGAACCCAACUGAAGGAGCAGUUGGACCUCAUUGCGGGCAACGUGGCAAACCCAAAGUCCACCGGGCCGUAUCUGCUUCCUGCAGCCCUCACGACUCAGCUUCUGGACGCAGCGAUCAACACCGCUGCAGGUCGCCAUCGUGGCUGGGUGUUGAGUGGCUGCCCCUCGUCGAUGGAGGAGGCCACGGCGCUCUUCUUGGAUCUGCCUCCACCGGCUGAGACCGCGGCAGAUCCCAAGAAGAAAGCCAAGCCUGCCGAGGAGACGGUGAUCUCAGAGGAUGCCAAGGUCAAAGAAGGCUUUCAAGUCGACAUGGUCAUUCGUGUGACAAGCGCCGAGGAGGUCUGUUCGGCAAGGGCACAGGCUGCAGAGGGCAAGCCAUUCGUGGAGAAGGAGUUCCAAGCUGCUUCGGACUUAUGGAAGAAGGAUGGCGAUGCCGUAAACGAGUUCUUUGUCGAGCGCUUGGGCGUAGAGCAACUCACUGUUUCGGCCGACGCAGCGGCAGAGGCUGAGAAGGAGAAGCACGAGGAUGCGCUCAAAGCCGCGGAAGAGGCGGAGCAAGAAGCACCUCCUGCACCGGAUCCUGCUGAUUUAGUAGUGCUCGCGCCAGGGUCUCAGUCUUUUUUCGUAUAA